AUGGAUGCACAGUUCCCUUUUGCCUCACGCGACGACAUCUGGCGCGUCUUCGAAGAGAUCAAGGAGCUUCACGCCGCCCAGUUUGAACAGGCAGAGCGGAUAGCAAGACUCGAGCGGCGCAGAGACGAGGAUGCAAGGCUGAGAAGCGUGUGGGGUCCUUUAUCGCCAUUUCCCACCUCGGUUGGGGGCACAAUCCCCGCGGAGUCGGUCUUCCAUACUCCCUCCGACGCGUUCAGGGGUUUCGAUCAGGGAAAUCAUCACACGGUGGUCAAUACCAUGGGUCUGGAAACCGAGGAGGAGCCUAGGCGUGGGACCUCACGGGCCAACAGCGUUCGGUUCGACGAGAGUGCCAUCCACGGUUACUAUGGACAAGCCAGUCGAUCAACUAGCGAGCUGCCGUUGAGAACGGGAAGUGGCUUAGGCAGUCACCCUAUGACUGAGCGGUCGCUAUCGCAUCGGUCAGACGGACGACAAAGCUCUUCGGGCCACUCGCACCACUCGGCUCGAACGAAUAGUCUAGGCUUAGAGACGACCAGCAGAAUGACGGCUUCUUCCGCCGUAGGAUCGCCGCUCAUUCCCCCGCCCGGCUUUUUCCUUCUUGGACCAGUGCCGUGCAUCAUCCGGUGCUGGUUGACAACCAACUUUUCCAACGAGUCCCUAUUGUAUGCGGCCGUCUGCACUGGCUCCUAUACCUCUUUACUGGGGUAUCCGAUGGUCCGGAGAUUCGGCUGGGAAGAUCAGCUGGUUCAGGACGGCGAGGUGCAGUACAUCAAGCUCCCUAUUUACCUUCCCGAGGCUAGCGUGCACCAAUCCUCCUCGCGGUCCAGUAGCCCUGCCCCCCAGGUUCCUACUUUGACUGUUCGAUUCCUGGUUCGUGAGAUCGACCCUAGGGACUCGUCCGUGCAGAUUGUCCUUGGCAGUGAUGUGCUCCGCUCCCACAACGCCGACGUGCUGUUCUCUCAAGAUAAGAUCAUCAUGGUCGAUGACGAGCGUAAUAAGAUAUCCAUCCCUCUUGUCCGGCCCGAGGACGAUGCUGUCUUCAAGUCACUAUGCACGGCUUCGGAUGUUUCACGCGCGGGCUGGAAGGAUCGACAACCCGUCCCAGUCGAUGCCCCGGCGGACAUCAACGGUCAUGCGCCUGUGGGUGUCAUCGGGCGUCCUGCCAGUGCAUCUCGACGAGCGGCAUCUACCAGCGACUCAACGCAAGAUCUCACGGAAGACUCCGAGGAUAGUCGAAAGGCACAUCUUUCGGAGACACCGGAAACUUUCGCUGACCCGGAGCCGGUUCAAGGACAGGAAAAGCCUGCCGGGAUCGUGUCGAGUGGGCCGGCGCGUGCGGAAGCGUCCGGAGUUUGGGGCUCGUGGAAACGCGAUGCCAAAAGCGAUCCGAAUGCCUCCGCGGCGACGGGCAAGCCUCCUCGGGGCCGUACUAUGAAAGUACUGCGGCCUAGCAAGGCGGGAUCUCGAACGGUGACGAUGACCACCGGCCCGGGCAGCAGCUCGCCGGCCGAUGUUGUGCAGCCGACCUCGACUCGCACCUCGCCCGACGGGGGCGUGCGCACUGCUAAACCCUGGGCAUCCAACCCGAUCGGCGGGGCGUCGGCGUUUGGAUGGCUCAAUACGGCGUCUCAACCGUCCACUGCGCCUCGUAGCAUGACGACUGGCACUGGCUCUAAAUGA